AUCUUCUUCUUCCCCCUUCUUUCUUUCUUUCUUUCUUGUUUUCGUUCUCCUCCUUCUACUCUUCUCUUUUGCUUCAUUCACUUCUCUACCCAUUUCCACUUCUAUUUCUUCCAUUCUCUUCUUCAAUGCUUCUUUGGCAGCUUCAGCUACAAAAUUCAAAGCUUUAACAUCUUUGAAAUCAAACACACACAAAAAGUUCAUUCCUUUUGGUACCCUUCAUAUCCAUUGGGUAGUAACCUUUUGGGUUCAGCAACUACCAUCAUGUCUCAAACUAACUGGGAAGCUGAUAAGAUGUUAGAUGUAUAUAUCCAUGAUUACCUGGUAAAGAGGGAUUUGAAGGCUUCUGCUCAGGCUUUUCAAGCUGAGGGGAAAGUUUCCUCUGACCCUGUUGCUAUUGAUGCCCCGGGAGGUUUUCUGUUCGAGUGGUGGUCGGUUUUCUGGGACAUUUUUAUUGCGAGGACUAAUGAGAAGCACUCGGAGGUUGCAGCCUCUUAUAUUGAGACACAACUAAUGAAGGCCAGGGAGCAACAGCAGCAGCAACCACAGCAGCCGCAACCGCAGCAGUCGCAGCAUCAACAACAGCAGCAGCAACAGCAACACAUCCAGCAGCAGCAGCAGCAGCAGCAACAGCAGCAGCAGCAGCAGCAACAACAACAACAGCAGCAGCAGCCGCAGCAACCACAACAACAGCAGCCACCUCAGCCACAACCGCAGCAGCAGCAGCAACCACCGCCACAACAACAGCAAGGUAGGGACAGGGCUAAUCUCAUAAACGGCAAUACGAAUGGGUUAGUUGGGAACCAGGGAACUGCCAAUGCACUAGCAACAAAGAUGUAUGAGGAGAGGCUAAAGAGAGAUUCUUUGGAUGAAGCAGCAAUGAAGCAAAGAUUCGGUGGUGAGAACAUGGGUCAAAUUUUGGAUCCUAAUCAUGCCUCAAUUUUGAAGUCAGCUGCUGCUACUGGCCAGCCUUCAGGGCAAGUUUUGCAUGGUGCUACUGCGGCUGGCAUGCCUCCACAAGUUCAAGCUCGUAGUCAGCAAUUAGCAGGGUCUACUCCAGAUAUAAAGAGUGAGAUUAAUCCUGUACUGAACCCUAGAGCUGCGGGUGCUGAAGGAUCAUUGAUGGGAAUUCCUGGACCAAAUCAAGGUAGUAACAAUUUGACUUUGAAGGGAUGGCCACUCACAGGUUUGGAGCAACUCCGCUCUGGUCUACUCCAGCAACAAAAGCCUUUCAUGCAGGCUCCUCAGCCGUUUCAUCAACUUCAAAUGUUGACACCACAGCAUCAGCAACAGAUAAUGCUUGCGCAGCAAGGCUUGGCAUCUCCAUCUGCCAGUGAUGACAAUAGAAGACUCAGAAUGCUGUUGAACAAUAGGAGUAUGAGCCUAAACAAGGAUGGUCUUUCAAAUCCUGUUGAUGUAGUGCCAAAUGUUGGAUCUCCACUUCAAGGUGGUGGCCCUCCUUUUCCUCGUGGAGAUACAGAUAUGCUAAUGAAGUUGAAAUUGGCUCAAAUGCAGCAGCAACAUCAGCAACAGCCAAACAGCAAUCCACAGCUGCAGCAACUUCAACAGCAUGCUCUCUCAAAUCAGCAAUCUCAGACUUCAAGCCAUAACAUGCAUCAGCAAGAUAAAGUAGGGGGAGGUGGUGGCAGUGUUACUGCGGACGGUAGCAUGUCGAACUCAUUUAGAGGCAAUGAUCAGGCCUCGAAAAACCAGAUUGGGAGAAAGAGAAAGCAGCCUGUAUCUUCUUCAGGUCCUGCCAAUAGUACAGGAACUGCUAAUACAACAGGUCCAUCACCAAGUUCGGCACCCUCGACUCCCUCGACUCAUACACCCGUAGAUAUGCCGUCUAUGACUGGUACUACUUCUUCAAAGCCAUUAAUGAUGUUCAGCACUGACGGCACCGGGACUCUUACAUCACCUUCAAACCAAUUGGCUGAUGUGGAUCGCUUUGUGGAGGACGGAUCUCUUGAUGAAAAUGUUGAGUCUUUUUUAUCUCAUGAUGAUACGGAUCCUAGAGAUACGGUCGGUCGUUGUAUGGAUGUAAGCAAAGGCUUCACAUUUUCUGAUGUAAAUUCUGUACGUGCUAGCACAAGCAAAGUUGUAUGUUGUCAUUUUUCAUCUGAUGGGAAAUUACUUGCAAGCGGUGGGCACGACAAGAAGGCUGUUUUAUGGCACACGGAUACCUUGAAGCAGAAGGCUGUUCUUGAAGAGCAUUCGUCUAUGAUCACCGAUGUUCGUUUUAGUCCAAGCAUGCCUCGUUUAGCAACAUCUUCAUUUGACAAAACUGUCAGGGUUUGGGACAUUGAUAAUCCUGGUUAUUCGCUUCGCACCUUUACAGGACAUUCAGCAUCUGUAAUGUCCCUAGAUUUCCAUCCAAAUAAAGAGGAUCUUAUCUGCUCUUGUGAUGGUGACGGCGAGAUACGAUAUUGGAGCAUAAAUAAUGGAAGUUGUGCAAGAGUCUUCAAGGGUGGCACCGCCCAGAUGAGAUUUCAACCACGUCUAGGGAGGUACCUGGCUGCAGCUGCAGAGAAUGUUGUUUCUAUACUUGAUGUGGAGACACAAGGAUGCCGAAAUUCAUUAAAGGGCCACACGAAGCCGAUACAUUCCGUGUGUUGGGACCCUUCCGGGGAGUUGCUGGCAUCCGUGAGUGAGGACUCGGUCCGGGUUUGGACUCUAGGAACCGGGAGUGAAGGGGAAUGUGUUCAUGAUCUUAGCAGUAAUGGCAGUAAGUUUCAAUCAUGUGUCUUUCACCCGUCUUAUCCGUCGUUGCUCGUCAUUGGCUGUUACCAGUCAUUGGAGCUGUGGAACAUGACGGAGAACAAGACGAUGACUCUGACAGCUCACGAAGGUCUCAUCGCCUCCCUCGCCGGUUCGACUGUAAAUGGUUUGGUUGCUUCGGCGAGUCAUGACAAGUUCAUCAAGCUCUGGAAGUGACCUGUAACACAGUAGGUUUACACGUUUUAGUUUAUUUCUCUUUGUACUUUUUAGCAAAACUAACCUUUGUAAUAUUGUUUGUCUUCCCUGUUGUAUCUGUUUCGUUAUUAGGUAUUUUCCUUUGGAGACUUGUACUAUUGUAACAUGGACUAGUUAUCGUCUUCUGUACCUUUUUGGCUUCUUUUUAUUUUCCUAAUGUUAGUGUUAUAGUGUCAAUGCAGCUAGGAAAUUAAGAAAAUUUUGUUGAA